AUGACUUCCAAUGAGAACUAUGCCGUAUUCCGCGAAUGUCUGUCUAAUGCCAUUGUGGCCCGCUCUGAAGAAAAACCGAAGCCAACGCGACGGAAGCAAAAGGGCAAGCGCACCGAGCGCAAAGACGUAACAACACUCUCCGCAGGGAGAGCAGACCCAGAAGAGCUCGCCGAAUUUGUUGAUGUACAUGCACCCAACCAGACCAACCCAGCGCAACAAGCCCUCAGGCCCAACAAAACCUACACUUUACAGUCAGCAACUAACAAGACCCUAGCUAACAAACCACAGUUUCUAGCCUCAGAAACCUUCGCCAUAUUCCCAGUUCCCCUCCAAACCCUAAGCUACGCAGCCAUCCAACAUGACCCAGCCCUAUCAACCCUCUACAUCCCCCCAGACACCGACACGCCCCUCCCACGCGCCACACUCGAAUCGCUAUUCUCCCCAAUACCAGUCAGCGUAACGGACUCCCUACUCGUCUAUGGCAUAAUCCCCGACGCGUCAGACCUGCUGGACUUCCUCGCGCCUGUGUUGACAGAGUACACAUCGAGCGUGACGACUGGCCCUCCGGCGUGGGCGAGUACGCGCGCGGACGCUUGCGAGAUCUGCGAGCGUGACUGGAUCCCGCUUUCGUAUCACCAUUUGAUUCCGCGCGGGGUGCAUGCGAAGGUUGUUAAGAAGGGUUGGCAUGAUGAGUGGAUGUUGAAUAGUGUGGCGUGGCUUUGUCGCGCUUGUCAUAGUUUUGUGCAUCGCAUGGCGAGUAAUGAGGAGCUGGCUAGGGAGUGGUUUACUGUUGAGAGGAUUUGUGAGAGGGAGGAUGUGAGGGAUUGGGCUAUGUGGGUUGGGAGGGUUAGGUGGAAGGCGAGGUAG